AUGAACAUUUUACAAUCAGCAUAUACUAUUUACAUGAUUACUAUGAAAUUAGAAAGCUCUGUGAGUGUUGUGUCUCAUUCGGAUGAACCUCACCAGCGCCAUGAUGUCUCUCUUCUUACAGUUCAGAUGGAAAACACCUACCAGUUGGGUCCUGCCAGACUUUUUCCUACUGCAGUUGUUAACGAUAUUUUGAAAGACGUGUUAACCAACUACCUAACAGAGAAGCACUAUGAACCGGAAUUCUGUAGACAGAUGACUAAAAUGAUUUCUGAGGUUAUUAAAGCCCGGGUCAAGGACUUGACCAUCCCACGGUAUAAGCUAAUUGUGACUGUUCACAUUGGACAACUGGAUAAUCAGAGCAUACUGAUUGGAAGCAGAUGCCUCUGGGAUUCUAAAAAUGAUACCUUUUCAUCUUAUGUUUUCAGAAAUUCUUCUCUCUUUGCUCUUGCAAGUGUCUAUGCCAUUUACUUUGAGUGAUUGAAAAUAAGAGCUCUCGUUCUUGCUUUUUUAAAGCAAGAAGUACAUUUUAUCUCUAGACACAGAAGUUUCACUGCCUAAAUU